CUUUCUCACAAACCCUCGUUACACCAGUUCAGUCGUGCGGCUCUGCGAACAAGCCUCCCAAGGAUGCAGAUCUUCGUGAAAACCCUAACGGGUAAGACCAUCACCCUCGAGGUCGAGAGCUCCGAUACCAUUGACAAUGUCAAGGCCAAGAUCCAGGACAAGGAGGGAAUCCCCCCGGACCAGCAGCGUUUGAUUUUCGCUGGAAAGCAGCUGGAGGACGGCCGAACUCUUGCCGACUACAAUAUCCAGAAGGAAUCCACGCUGCACCUUGUGCUUCGUCUUAGGGGAGGCGCCAAGAAGCGAAAGAAGAAGACCUACACCAAGCCCAAGAAGAUCAAGCACAAGCAUAAGAAGGUCAAGCUCGCCGUCCUCCAGUUCUACAAGGUCGAUGACUCUGGAAAGGUGCAGAGGCUCAGGAAGGAGUGCCCUAAUGCCGAGUGCGGUGCUGGGACUUUCAUGGCCAACCACUUUGAUCGCCACUACUGCGGCAAAUGUGGUUUGACCUACGUUUACAACAAAGCUGGUGGUGAUUAGGUUUAUCCGUUGUUUUUCAUCAUGUUUUCAUUUGAUCUAAAUGUUUAAUUGUCGUUGAAUUUUAUCUAGAAUUGCUCAUCAAGCUUGUUUGAGUCUAGUUAUUGACAUGGAUUUUGUUUUCUUAUUGUCGAUUUAUUAUCGUUUUUAUGAAUAUCCUCAUAUUUACUUA